AUGGUCUUAUCGUCUUCAGAUAACCCCUUGGACACAUCUUCUCGCCCCGUCGAUACUACUGCUCAGGAGCCAACAGUUCAUAAGAGCUUCUCGUGCAUACUAUGCGCUCAACGAAAAGUCAAGUGUGACAAGCGGCCGGAUGGUUGUGCGAACUGUGUUAAGGUCCGGGUUCGAUGUAUUUACAAGAUACCACCUCCAGCUCGGAGAAGAAAGAAGGGCGUACGCGAGAUCGACCUAGCUACUAGGUUACGUGUGUACGAAGACGCGCUCCGCCAAUUCGGAGUGGAUCCAGAGGACUUGGUCAAGCAACACUAUGCGAAGGUUACACGCGGUGAAGAGCAGGUGGUUGGGUUCAACGGUUUCCUGGAACCACACGGUCCUAGUCGGGCGCGAAAAGCAGACGUCGCAUCCGAAGUUGGUGUCCUCGUGCUGGAAGAGGGUAAAUCGCGAUACCUGGAGAACGGAUUAUGGACAAGCUUGCAGGCCGAAUUUCGAGAGCCCAAGGACAUCCUGGAUGAGUCUUCAGAUGAAGAGGUGUCCGGCAGUAGCUACGACGUCUCACCAUCCCCGCCAGCCACAGAUGGCGCUGCACUGGUCAUGGGUGUACACGCAACGUCGAGCAAACUUCUACCUCUACACCCAAAACCGGUUCAGAUCUUUAAGUUAUGGCAAGGCUAUCUUAAGAACAUCAACCCAUUGAUCAAGAUUUGUCACACUCCGACGACCCAGCAGCUCAUCCUAGACGCAAGUGAUAACCUCCAUGCUCUUCCUCGAGAUGCUGAAGCCCUUCUCUUUGCUAUCUACUGCAUAACUGUAGAGUCGUUAGAGGAUAAUGAAUGCCUGUUGAUACUUGGAGAGCCGAAAGGUACAGCUACUCAACGAUUUCGACAAGGUGCUCAGCAUGCCUUGACCAAUGCGAAUUUCUUGAGAAGCUCCAGUGUCAUGCUGCUACAAGCUUUCACCCUGUUUGUUCUGUCUCUCCAGGACUACGACGCCAGAGUGAUCUGGAUCUUUUCUGGUAUCGCACAAAGAAUAGGUCAGCGUAUUGGUAUUCAUCGCGAUGGCAACACACUAAAACUACCGCCAUUCGAGGCGGAGAUGCGCAGGCGUCUCUGGUGGCAGAUCAUGGUGCUUGAAGGCUACUCCCAAAAGCUCGCUGGAACUGGUACAUCUGGUAUGAUUCUUCGAGGCGAUGUUGGAAUCCCAUCCAACAUCAAUGACAGCGACCUGUUCCCAGGAAUGAAAGAGAUACCAAAGGAACAUGAUGGUGCAACCGAGAUGAUGUUCUUUCUCAUCCGAUGCUACGUUGGAGAUUUUCUCAAGCGAUCGGCUGAGAGCCAUACGACUUUUGACGGCCUUUGGCAUCGACUUAGUACAAGCGCAGUGCAGGUGGCUACCAAAGACAAAGCCAUUAAUGAGCUCGAAGCUAUCUUCCAUCGGAAAUUCUUGUGUUACUGCGACCCUUCCAUACCUUGGCACCUGCUGUGUAUGCAUCUCGCCAAGUCCGUCCUUUUCAUGAUGAGGUUCAUGGCUCAUAGCACCGACUCCUAUAAUGUUGAUUUAUCCCCCAAGGAAAAGGACAUCUUAUUCGAUUUAGCUCUCCAAGUCUCCGCUUCGCAAAACCUGGCAUACACUAUUAAGGGGUUGCGUGGCUUCCGAUGGCACGUCAACCUAAAUUUCCAAUGGAAGGCAUUCAUUUACCUCAUCUCCGAACUUCGUUAUCAGACUGAAGGUGAGCGAAUAGACCAGGCCUGGGCCGAGGUUGAGAAAAGCUACACUUUCCACCCCAAUUUCAACAAGGACCUCUCGAAACGAGCACUUCCUAUUGCCGUUGACAACCUCACAAUCAAAGCCUGGGACGCCUAUACAGCAGCUCGGGGUGUAUCGCGUACUCCUGAGCCGCGAUUCAUUGAGCUCAUACGCCAGCGGCACCAACAACGCCGUCCUUCAAAGUCGACUAACGCUACCAAUAUCAGCGCAGCCACGCCGACGAUGGCCUGGAAUGGCGAAAAGAAUACGGAUACGUAUAAGAGUCAAGAGCUGCCUAAUACAAUUGAUGCGCAAUCCUUCGACUGGGCUGAAUUCAAUGCUAGUUUGGGUCCGCCGGACGAUGUAACGGAUUUGGCGUCCUUUGAGUUUCCUGAGCAGAUGACUUGCUGUCUUGUAUCAGGCGAAUACUUAGAUCUUACCAUCAAGUGCGGAGAUGACGUCUACAAAGUUCAUAAGAUGAUUGUGUGCACACAAGCAGGCUUCUUCGCCCGAGCUAUCAGGUUUGGCGGCAAGGAAGCAGAAGGAAACAUCGUCAAUCUCCCUGACGAUGAGCCCAAAGUCAUCGCCUCUCUUAUGCAAUAUCUAUACUCAGGCGAGUACAAUAGCGAAUUCCCUGGCACCGAGGAUGCUGAGCCCGCGAGGCCACUCGAUGCUUUGAAGAUCAUCAUCACGCGCACCCCCACUUUUCGAGGCUCCUCUUCCCAGCUCCUCAAUCACUCGAAGAUGUAUGCAAUUGGCGACAAGUACGAUGUAUCUGGGCUCAAGGAGUUGGCAUGUCAAAAGUUCACGCGUGCUUACGAGAUGUUAUGGAAUGACGAUGCCUUCCCUAUGGCCAUCGAACAUGCCUUCUCUUCAACUGUUUGCACGGAUAUUGGUCUGAAAAGCAUCAUUAUUGGGGCCAUCUCCGGUCACAUGGCCAUUGUGAAAAAGGCAGAGAUACAGGCAUUGGUUGCCAAGCACAGCGACCUGGCUAUUGGUAUUCUGCUGAGGAAGGUUGCUUAA